AUUCAAUUUUCAGCUGUUUACGAGAUGUUCGAUCCAAUUUUAUACACAAAAUGCAUUGAUUUUGCAGCCCGAAAACAUCGAGAUCAAAGGCGCAAAGAUCCGGAAAAAACACCAUAUAUCAAUCAUCCAAUUGGUGUAGCUUAUCUACUCACGGAAGCAAAUGUGGUCGAUCAGAAUGUGUUGAUGGCUGCAAUUUUGCAUGACACUGUGGAAGAUACGAAGACGACAUUCGAUGAAAUUGAAAAGCACUUUGGGAAGGCCGUUCGUGACAUCGUCGACGAGGUGACUGACGACAAAUUGAAACCGAAGCAGGAAAGAAAACGUUUACAAAUCGUCCAUGCAAAAGGUGCCUCACAUGAAGCCAAACUAGUUAAAUUAGCUGAUAAAUUAUACAACUUACGCGAUUUGGAACGAACCACACCAGCUGGAUGGACGCAGGAACGUCGCGAAGAUUACUUUGUGUGGGCCAAAGAAGUUACCGACAAUCUACGUGGCACCAAUGAACAAUUAGAAAAUGCCUUAGAUGAAAUCUACAAAAAUCAAAAUUUGGUGUAAUCGACUGGUUUUCUAGUAUUAAAAAAAAACUAAACUUUUAUCGAGAUUAUUUACUUUAUUGAUAGCUUUCGAUGGCCAAUGGCAAUCAUAUUAUAGAAAAAUAAAUUGAAUUUAUAAAUUCAACCGGAAAAAAA